UAAUAGUAAACAUAACCUCACUUGUGGCGAGCAACCUUUAAAUCGAGUUUUAUCCACGACAACAAAAUGAUGUCUACAUCUGAACUAGAUGACCAUUCCCGUUGCAUCAUUCACAUAGAUAUAGAUUGUUUUUACGCCCAAGUGGAAAUGAACAAAGAGCCAAAACUGCGUUCGGUGCCCCUCGGCAUCCAACAAAAAAACAUCGUAGUUACCAGUAAUUACAAAGCCCGUGAGUUCGGUAUCAAGAAGUGUAUGUUAAUAGCAGAAGCCCGAAAGUUGUGUCCUGAUCUUGUGUUAGCUAAUGGUGAAGACUUGCACGACUAUCGACAGACUUCAUACCAAGUUACUAACUUGCUGCAGAGGUACUCGGCGCUGGUGGAGCGCUUGGGUUUGGAUGAGAAUUUCAUCGACGUGACGACGUUGGUGAACGAGAAGGUAAAACAAGGGGGCGACUUGAGUGUAGUUGGAAAUGUUUUUGGAGAGUCGAGUGAGAGGUGCGAUUGUGGGUGUACCAGACGUUUGACACUGUGUACACUAGUGGCUCAAGAAAUUAGGGAUUUGAUUAAGUCCGAACUUAACCUGACGACGUGUGCAGGGGUUGCUCAUAAUAAAUUAUUGGCGAAAUUGGCAGGAUCGCGCCACAAACCGAACCAACAAACUGUCGUUUUCCCCAAUAGCGCUCUCGAGUUGAUGUUGAGUUUGAGCUCCCUUAUGAGUAUUCCCGGGAUUGGGAGAGCCAUGUUCGAACAGCUACACAAAUCAGACAUCAAGACAGUCGAGGAUCUCCAAAAUACGGAUUUUAAAAAACUUGAAACCGUCACAGGUUCAGACAAAGCUCACUUCAUCUACAACUUGAGCUACGGCAUUGACAAAACCCCCGUCAAACCCUCAGGUAAACCCCAAAGCAUCGGUUUAGAAGACGCUUGUAAGUCGAUUUCCGUCGAGACCGAAGUCAAGAAAAAACUCGAACAACUCCUCCACCGCCUCCUCGUACUAGUCACCGAGGACGGCCGCGUCCCCAAAACCAUCAAACUAACAGUGCGUAAGUUCGACAAAGACAGCAAAAUCAGCCACCGCGAAACCCGCCAAUGCAACGUCAACCCGUCCCUCUUCACGUCCAACCAGCCCAACAAAGACGCCAAGAUAAUGGCCACAGUUAUGCAUUUAUUCAGCAGAAUCAUCGACCCCAAGAAGCCUUACCACAUCACCCUGCUGGGGCUCUCCUUCACGAAGUUCCAGGAGCUCCCGAGGAACUCGAUCGCGUCGUUCCUGCGCAAGGACCUGGAGGUCCAGUCGGUCAUCAGCAUAGAAAACCAGAGCGCGGUCGAGGACGCCUCUUCUUCGGCGCCGUCCACGUCCAACGUGGCCGUGGAGGUGGAGUCGCCGACGCCGUCGCCGAAGAAGCUCAAGCUGUCCUUGGUCAGCAAGAAGCGCUGCUUCCGGGAGUACGAGGACUGCGAGAGCCCGUCGAAGCUGAAGGUCGCCGAGUUGUGUCUGGAUUCGGUGCCGUGUCCGCCGGACGCGGAUAAAGACGUGUUCAAGGAGCUGCCCUGGGAGGUGCAGAAGGAGCUGUGGGACGACUACAAGAGGAAGAGGCCGAGCGAGAUCUUCUGCAGCAGUCAGGUGAAAAAGUCCAAACCCAACACUCUGCUCAAUUAUUUCAUCAGGAACAAUUAAAUGAUUGGAAUUAGGAUUAAUUUUGUAUAUUUCUAGAUGUUUUGAAUAUAAACUGUGUUAA